GAAGCAGAAUGUUAAAUUGCCCAUGUUGAUGCCUAUAUGAAAUAUUCAAAACCACUAUCAGUUUUGAAAUUUUAUAUUUAAUGGACAGCAUUUUAAUUAUCUAAAAUGCUAUUUUUGAUUAUCUUAUUACCUCUACAUAUAAAUGUAUAUGAGGCGGUGGUUGUCAACGUAAGCACCACAAAUGUCACGCAAUGUGGAGACCAGGAAUGCCUGCAUUAUGCACUGUGUACAAAUGAUGGAAAGGCUUGUCGGUGCCGACAUGGCUAUCAAGGCGAUAGGUGUCAAAAUGAUGUUAACGAAUGUGAAAUGGGAGCCCCUUGUUACCACAGAGGAUAUUGUGAGAACACAUUUGGAAACUGGAGUUGUGAUUGUUUAGAAGGUUGGAAAAAUGGUGUUGAUGUUCAUUGUGAGGUUAAAACUAACCAAGAUAUACGCUUCCGGAAGUGUGUGCCGGAAUGGAUGGGAGACAUGUGUCAGGACCAAUGCCUCAAUGAUUCUAUGUGUGGACAGAACCAAAUAUGCAGGAAGCGAGGAAGAGGAUUGCGAUGUUUAUGCAAAAAUGGAUGGGAGGGGGAUAAGUGUACCGUCGACGAAGACGAAUGCAAGAAAAGCCCAUGCAAAAGUUUUGAAGUUUGUAUAAACACUGUGGGUUCUUUCACAUGUACGUGUCAAGCUGGACGGCAAGGUUCUAGAUGUACCGAUGAUAUAAAUGAAUGUUUGGGAAAUCCGUGCAACAAUGCUGGAACAUGCACAAAUACGGACGGAUCCUACUUCUGUUACUGCACAGAUGGAUGGAACGGUAUAAACUGUGACAAAGAUGUUGAUGAAUGUAUUAACCAACCUUGCAAUGAUACCUUGGUUUGUUACAACACGCCUGGUUCCUUUUCUUGUGAUGUAUCACCUAAUCUGGAAAAAGGAUUAAAAAGUACGACUGUAAUUGUUGUUGCAAGUCUGGGUGCGCUUCUGCUUUUCAUCACUUUCAUAUUGAUCACUGCAAAGAGUAAAUGUCGAGGAAAUCAUGCACAACGCAGAGGAAGAACGGCUGUGCAACCAGAAGAUCACACAACUCCCGAACAGAAGUCCAAUGUUUCUGUAGCACAACAAAGCAAACCAGAUGCAAAAAGAAAAGUUCUUGACUUCUGAAAGUUAUAUGAGUUUCAAAUAUUGUUGUAACCUUAAAGACGUUUUCCUUUGGAAGUACAGAUUUGAAUCAUAGCCACAUUUACGGUAGUUUGCUAAAAAUCUAUACAAAACAUGUUAGAAAGGUGAACGGUUAGAAAAAUAUCAAUUUUGCCUUUGACGCAUAAUUUUACUGCCAAUUAUAGUAUUCUGUAGGGAAUACAUUUUUUUUAACAUUUCACAAAGUUGGUUUCAGUAUGUGUGUGAUACAUUAAUCUAGAUACCCCGAGUAGCGAAUGUAUCUUCAGAAUUUUCUCCUUCAAUUUAGUAAACCAAUAGUUCUCCAAAUUUCAGUGGAGGUAACCAAGAAGGUCUCAUGAACCUAAAGUACAUUGUAUAGCGUGCUAUUUUAAUUACGUUUAACAAAAGAUCAAAG